AUGUCGUCGCAACAAGAUAUGAACACCACUGCGAUGCUAUCUCAACUAAAAGGACCUGUGGCGGGUCGAUACACACAAGUAAGAUUGCAGGAAUGCUACACCGCGGGAGUGUGGCCAACCUGGGAUGAUCUCAAGAAGGAGAUCAAAAAAUACUUCAAACCACAAACUGAGCGUGACUGGGCGCAUCAGCAAAUCCGUUCCUUCAAACAAGGAAACAUAAGGACGGAUUAUUACGUCACUAGAUUCCUGGCCCUUUCCAUCCAAGGAAGGCUUGGAAAUGAACACGCAGUAGAACUGCUGGAACGCAAUGUGAACCCUCGCAUUGCAGAACAGAUCUAUCUGCAAGACACUAGAAACGAGAACUUGGCCCUAGCGGCUGAGGAAGUACGACGAAUCGGUAGAGCCAUGGAGCUCUACCAAAUGCACCAAGGUGGUGGGUCCACCACCAAAAACAAUGAAUCCAAGAGGCGCCCUGGGUUAUCAAACCAAAAACAACAACAGUCUCACGGGUUCCAGCCAUUUGGGCCGCAACCAGGUUGGGGUGCUCCUAUGGAUAUUGGCGCAGUCCAGGGCGAACAGACGCUGUCAUGCACCAAAUUCUCAUCAUCGACAACGCGCAGAUUCACCUGCUACAACUGUGGGCAGGAGGGGCACAUAGCCCGAAAGUGUCCAAAUGGAGUGCAGGUUGCUCAACAAAAAAUUCAAGGGCGCCAGGCGCACCAAUUAGAAGCUGAAAAGCCGGACGAUUGGCUCAAUACUCUGGCCGGUCAUUCGUACGACGAAAUCCGGGCCUUCUUCUACGACCAGCAGGUCGCUGAGAUGAAGACUCAGGGAAAAGAGUUCGGAGCUUAG